AGAAAACUCGUGACAGGUACGGGCGUGUGUUUGCGAGGUCGGCCCCGCUUGCUUCCCCAUGCCAAGUUCGCGACACGUGUUUCUGGCGUUUCUUCCGAGUCGUGUGUGAGGCUUUGUCCCCGCGUCCCUUAGAGCGAAGCGAAGCGGCGUCGGCUUCGAGAGAGACAGUUUCUUGCACUUUAAUUAAGAGGAAGAAAAAAAUUAAGAAGUUGUGCGGGAGACAAAAUCGCUCUUGCCCGCUCGGUGAGGCGCGCACACUCGAGGCCUUGUCUGUGAUAAGAAUAACAGUCUUAGUGUCAAAAGCGGGGCUAAUAAACCAAGAGUUUAAUGAAAGACGGGGAGGGAGUUAACUGACACAAUUAACUUUCCGCUCGAGCGCUUCCUGAAGGACAGAGACAAAGCGCGCAAAAAGAGCGCCGCCCCAUCGCGGAAAUGGAGUCCGUGAAGAAGGAGCGCGUGUCCCCCCUGCUCGGCGACGCGGGGGGAUUCGGCCCCGACGCGUCCGGCAGGGCCCCCCCUUGCCCCCUGCCGCAAGGCAACGACCACAAGACGACCGUUAAGUCGUUCCUCGCCAACAUUCCACAGUCCAACAGCGCCCUCCCCAACAACGGCCUCACCUCCGUCAUCACCACCUCCGCCAGCAGCCUCUCCGCGGGCGCCGACGUCUCCCCUCAGCGGACGACAACAGGUGGCAGCAGGAGCGGCGGAGGAGGCGGAGGAGGAGCGGGGGGAGUGAGCCUUAGCGCGGCGGACACGGAGAUCGUCGAGGGGCUGAUGGAGCGGGACGCCAACUUCUCGGGGGAAAUCAGCGACGCCGUCAGCAAGAUCCUCGACGACUACGACUGGUCCAAGAUUCCUCUCGCUAACAAGGACGGCGUUGGUGACAGUGAGCGGAGGAAGGUCCACGUGAAGAGGCCCAUGAACGCCUUCAUGGUGUGGGCGCAGGAGGCCCGAAGGAGGCUCUCGUGCUCGCACCGGCAAGUCCACAACGCUGAACUCUCCAAGUCGCUCGGAAGAAUAUGGCGCGGCAUGACGGAGGACCAGAAGCGGCCGUUCAUCGAGCGCGCGGACCACCUGCGUCGGAAGCACAAGCAGGAAUACCCCGACUACAAGUACCAGCCGCGGCGGAGGAAGGAGAAUGUGAAGACAGUCAACAAGUCUCCUCAAGGACAUCCUCUGGGCGUCCAGGAUCCGCUCACUCUGUCGGGGAACAACCACUUCGUCGGCACGGGUAAGGUGGGCGGCCUGGGCCUCAACCUGCACCCGCUGUCGCCGCCGCACUCGCCGUCGGGCCAGGGCGCCGUCCGCAGCCACGCCGACGCCCACAUCGGCGAGACGGUGUUCGUGUCCGACUGCCUCGCCGACUCCUUCGAGACGAUCGACCGCGCCGAGAUGAACAAGUACCUCCUUCCGGACCAGACGGCGGGCGCGCACUACGCCACCUCGGCGGCCGGCGCGCACGUCCCGUCCGCCGGCGGCCUGCAGCCCAUGACCACCAUGUCCGCCAUGCCCUCCAUGAACACCAUGUCCGCCACAGCCGCCGCAGCCGCCGCCGCCGCCAGCAGCAGCAGCUGCAGCGGCACUCUGUCCUCGGGCGGCACCGGGACGCUCACGUCCCUCCCGCCCUUGGCCUCGCGGCUCAUUCCUCCUGCGCCCGUGUACGGGGGGUCCGGUUCCCCCUACUACACGGGGGGCGCCUCGCCGCAGCCAGGCAGCCACGGCUCGCCUGAGCUCGGGCCCAGCGACCUCAACGGCGCGCCCACAGCAGGAGGCGUGUCCCCUGGGGGCUCCCCCGGCUCCCCUCACCAGGAGUACGUGGAGCUGCAGCCCCCACGAGUGCCGAAGGAGGAGCCGCUGCCGCCGCUGAGCUCCCCGAAGCCCUCCAACCCCUUCCUGCACCAGAACCUGUGUUACUCCACGCAGCCCUACGCCUUCCAGUACUCGUACCCGUAUGCCACCAUGUGGCACUGAGGCCGCCCCCUCACCCCCUCCCACCGGCACUCAGCGGUUCCCAAAGCCCGAAUUCAGGCACUGUUCCCCGACAGCGGGCCAUUCUGUCGGCCGACGACCAGUCGGUGCUCCCAGGCACUCUGGCACCUUAGAGUUCGUGAGUGCCAAGCCACGUUGGAGUGAGUGUCCCUAGUGCCAAGGCCACGUGAGGUGCUGUGCCAAUCAAGCCAGUCAGCCUACGUGCCCAGUACCAACGCCUUAAGUUUAAGAGACAAUAGAAUAUAUGUAUAUAUACAAAUAUAUCUCUGAAUAUUUUUAUAUCCGUAAGAUCCACAAAGUUCGAAGAUGAUGUAUUGUAUUCCUGGUGCUCCCCCGUGUCUUAAAACCAGUUCUUUUCUGGGAAAACAAGAAAAGAAGAAAUUCCAUUCCAGCAAAAUGUGUUGCAAUAUUAGUGAUAAUGUGUCUAAAAUCGAGAUUAUUUUACUGAAGUGCUUCUCUUGCCGCCUGAGACGAUCUCCUGCACUGCCCACCGAUUGUGUACUUAAGAUUCUCCCCGUGAGAUUACCUGUUGAAAAUUAGCAUAUGUUUUACCGAAGGAAGGAAACAAACCGCAAAUCCGGUCCUGUGGAAAGGACCGUGGUUUUGUGUGGCUGACUGCAUGGCGUUGAUGUAUUACGCCUCGCUGUCAUGUACGCGAACAUGUGUAGCGGAAAACGGAAAAAUGAUGGAUUGCAGAAAUACACUGGCCAUGUUGCUGACUUACGGAGCUCUGUUUUGGCGCAGGCACAUGUCGAGCUUUAAUGAUACAUAACUGUCUUGGGCCAAUUGCCUGAAACUCCAGCCGAGACGCUUACCCACCUUUUCUCAGUAUUAUAAACAUUUUAUCUCCUUGUGUAACCAUAUCAACUGAUGGCAUCUACUUGGCCAUUCGUGACGUCACAUACUACGUCAGCCAGAAAGCAAUGAAUAUCUUUCUUGACGUCACAUACUCCGUCAGUGAAUAGGCUCCAUGACGUCAUUUACGACAGCAGCCAAUGAACAUUAGUUGUCUUUGUGUCGUCAUAAACACAUCAGCCAAUGGGAAGUGAUCGUCGCCUCUUUGAUGCUAAACAGUAAACAGGAUCUCAGCUAUGAUAAUAGCAGAAUUUAGCCAAAAAUGGAGGCAGGCGUUUUACUUGUGCAUUUCUAAACAAUUUCUCGUAAAGUGUUUAGAUGUAUUACAUGUUUAGGAUUAAAGGAAAACACGUUCUGUUGAAAUACAUUUUAAGUUGAUAUUUUCGCCACGAAACGAAAGACCUUAUCUAUAGAUUUUUGGUUUAAUAUAUAUGUGGAAACAAAUGUACUUUUUCAUGUACUUAUAUAUUGCGAGCAGUCCUUGUAUGGCAGCUAUCUGAUGUGUUUGUUUCAAAUCAAAUGUUCUACAUUAUAUCGUAAACUUAAUUAUAUGUUGUUAUAAAUGUUAAUGUUUAAGUAUUCCCUUUAGGAAAACCAUAAAAAAAAAAUAUUCCCGUUUUCGUCGAUAAGCUUGUAAAUAGAGCUAACUGUCUACGGUGAAACUAACUGUGUCGGCUUUUCAGUGUAUUUAUUUGAUGGCGAAAUUUGCCCUUUUUGUCGUGCAUGCUGUUCGUCAUUUGUUUGCCAUUUAGUAUGAUAGCAUUUUUUGUAAGAGAAGAAAGAGAAGCCACGAAAAAAGGAAGAAGAAAAAAAUACAUAUCCCAAAUGUGCCUUUUAAAAGCUGAUAUUGAAAGAAAAAUUAAAUAUCAUAAUUUUUAUACCUAAGAAUGCAUUUCUUUUGCGAAAGAAACUAAUCCGGAAAUAAAUGAUGUAUAUUUAUAAUCUUGUUUGUAUGGUGCGUGCUUGCAAGUCUAGAAGAAGUAAAAAAAAUAAAAUUGAACACUUUA